GCGAUGCUCCCAUCCGCCUCCUCCCUCCUCCGCCUCUCCCGCCGCAUCCCUCUCCACCACCUCCGCCCACUCCCUACCCCCCCGCUCCUACCCCACCUCCGCCUCCUCUCCUCCUCCUCGCCCCAGCCCACCGCCGAUGGACGGGCCACCUACAACCCCCUGCUCCCACCGGACGCCGUCUCUUCCGCCUCCGCCGCCGCCGCCUCCGACUCCGAGACCUCCACCGAUUCCGAGGCCUCCUGGGGCGUAUUCGACCCCAUCGCCGGCCGCAUCCUCACGCAACCCCUGGCGCCCCCUCCCCCGCCCACCCCCGAAGCGGCGGCGGCGGAGGGGAAACCGAGUGGCGGGAAGGGCGAGAGCCGGUGGGCGGACGUGGCCACCGCGCGGCGGGCCGGGGGCAAGGCCAGGAAGGCGGCGGCGAGGGCCACCUACGUCUGCGGCAACUGCGGGGACGGCUUCUCGCAGUGGUGGGGCACCUGCCGCAGCUGCCAGGCCGUGGGGGCCCUCACCAAGUACGUCGCGGGGGCCGACCCCGCCGACGCCGACGGGGCGCACCACGCCGCCCGCUCCUGGAUCCAGCAGAAGAGCAAGGAGAUGGUGCCCAAGAGCCUCUCCGAGGUCACCAAGGGCUUCGACCAGACGGGAUGGCGCAUACCGCUGCCUGGCACCUUCGGAAGUGAGAUUGCUCGGGUGCUUGGAGGUGGCGUUGUUCCUGGCUCCUUGGUUUUAGUUGGUGGGGAUCCAGGUGUUGGGAAAAGUUCAUUGAUGUUACAGCUUGCUUCUAUUGUAUCCGACGGUUCCGAGGACCAUGAGUCAUCUCCUGUUGUAUAUGUGUCUGGUGAGGAGAGCAUUGAGCAAAUUGCAAAUAGGGCUGACCGGAUGGGUAUCAGGUCUAGAGAUUUGUACCUAUACUCUAGUACAGAUAUUGAGGAUAUCUUGGACAAAAUCCAGCCAUUAUCUCCAAGGGCUCUUAUUGUUGAUUCAAUCCAGACAGUUUAUCUAAAAGCGUUUGCUGGAAGUGCUGGGAAUCAAGUACAGGUCAAGGAAUGCACAUCUGCCCUGUUAAGUUUCGCAAAAUUGACAAAUAUCCCUGUUUUCUUGAUUGGACACGUCACAAAAGCUGGCGAUAUUGCUGGCCCUCGUAUUCUAGAGCACAUAGUGGAUGUUGUUUUAUAUAUGGAGGGAGAGAGAUGCUUAUCUCAUCGACUGUUACGGUCAGUGAAGAAUCGUUUCGGUUCAACAGAUGAGCUUGGUGUAUUUGAAAUGUCAGAGUCUGGUCUGCAAGCUGUUCUGAAUCCUAGUGAGAUGUUCUUGACUGAGCAUGCCUCUGAUUCUGAAAUACUGGCUGGGCUUGCUGUAGCUGUUGUUUUGGAUGGAUCCAGGACCUUUGCUGUUGAAGUUCAGGCACUGUGUGUUCCUGGCUGUCGUACUCGAGGACAAGUUGUUGGCAUACCGAUAAGCAGGGCUGAUGUGAUAACAUCGGUUCUUAUGAAGCAAGCAGGUCUAAAACUUCAGGAUAGCGUUAUUUUUCUGAAUGUCGUUAGUGGCUUCGAGUUGACAGAGACCGCAGGAGAUCUGGCCAUAGCAGCUUCAAUUUGCAGCAGUUUCUUAGAAUUUGCUAUCCCAAAUGAUAUUGCAUUUAUUGGAGAGAUCGGCCUCGGUGGUGAACUUAGAACUGUGCCAAGAAUGGACAAGCGGGUAAUGGCUAUCGCGAAGUUGGGAUACAGGAAAUGUGUCGUUCCUAAGUCUUCAGAGAAGCUGCUCAAACCGCUUGAGCUCGGCAUCGAGAUCUUGCCCUGCAGAAACCUGAAGGAGUUCAUAAACACCGUGUUCAGGCCAGAAGUAUGACGUUACAUCCUGGCAGGGUGCGCUACUUACAAUUAGCUGGCUGACUGUAGGUGUUUAAUGGGUGUACGUCUGUUUGUAAGUAUGACUCGUAUACUAGUUCUGUUGAUGUGCCAAUUUAAUUUACCACAACGUUGCAA